CUCGUAUGGUACUCACUUAGUGCACUUCAAAAUAUUUGAUAACUAAAAAGGUCCUGGUGCAUAAUUUUUGGAAUUUGUGAUCGUCUUCUUUCUGUCACACUCCGAAAAAUCCUUUCAAUAUAUUUCUGCGGUCAAAACAUCAAAGAAAAGAAAAGCCCUCAAGCAUAGAAAUUGGAAAUAGAGCUUAAUUAGAAGAGAUCAGAAAAAUGGAGAAAAUAGAGCACAUCUAUUUAGACAUUAGGGGCCUUCGCCUCCACAUCGCCCAAAUCGGAAAAGGGGAGUUGGGUACGGUGGUGUUCCUCCAUGGAUUUCCGGAGAUAUGGUACACGUGGCGGCACCAGAUGAUUGCCGUUGCCGGCGCCGGAUUCCGAGCCAUUGCCGCCGACAUCCGAGGCUACGGCCUAUCGGAACAGCCCCCGGAGCCGGAGAACGCUUUUUGGGACGAUCUCCUCGCGGAUCUCCUCGCCAUUCUGGACGCACUCGCCGUCCCGAAGGCAUUCAUGAUAGGAAAAGAUUUCGGAGCUCCUUUGGCAUAUCACUUUGCUCUUUAUCACGCCGACCGUGUGUUAGGAGUUGUAACUUUGGGCAUGCCUUUCACUCCGACCGCGUCCAACUAUUCUUCACUUCCCGAAGGAUUCUACAUAAAGCGGUGGCGAGAGCCAGGGAGAGCCGAGGCCGACUUUGGCCGGUUCGACGUGAAAAGGGUCGUGCGCACGAUUUACAUUUUGUUCUCUCGGAGUGAAAUUCCGAUCGCGGAAGAAGGACAGGAAAUUCUCGACCUCGCAGAUGAGUCCACGCCGUUGCCUGCGUGGUUUUCUGAGGAGGAUCUUGAUGCUUAUGCUGCUCUGUAUGAAAAAUCCGGGUUCAAGUAUCCUCUCCAAAUGCCUUACAGGGCCUUGAGCAGACUACAACUUGCAGCUGAUCCGAAAGUGGAAGUCCCUGCACUGUUGAUCAUGGGUGAAAGGGAUUACUGCUUGAAAUUUCCAGAAAGGGAGAACUACAUCAGGAGCGGGGCGGUGAAACAAUUUGUUCCCGAUCUAGAGAUCACGUAUAUCCCCGAAGGAUCUCACUUUGUUCCGGAGCAAUUCCCCGACCAGGUGAACGAGCUCAUCGUCGGCUUUCUGAAAAGCCAUUCUCAGUCUGUUUAGAACUGUAAUAUAUUUCAGUACUUCUGAAUAAAGUUUCUUGUGUCUGGAAGAACUUGUGUGAGCUUGAAAUUGAUACUAGCCACCCUACGAAUUUGAAUCUGAUUGGCCUCAAUGCAGAAGAAUUUUAGGAUUU